AUGUCUUCGGUACUGGAUUGUUCAAAGUUUUCGCCCCCAAUCAUUAAAAUCGAGGAUCCGAGACGGAAUUCCUUGAUAGAAGUACCUCAUCCAUUCAUUAUACCAGGAGGUCGAUUCAGAGAAUUUUACUAUUGGGAUGCAUAUUGGAUUGCAAAAGGUUUGAUUGCGAGUGACCUUUAA